AUGGCUUAUGGCUGGUGCGCCCUGGGGGCAACGGGCCAAAGCGAAAACGGCUCUUGUCAGAGCCCACAGAAGCGGGACGAUGGCAAAGGGAUGCUGGUGCAGGGCAUCUUGCGAUUGAGGGGUGGCGGUUCGCCGCCACGAGACUCGAAGGGUCGCUUUACCCGUGGACAAACACUGAAAGGAGUGGAGACCGGGGGGACUUCGGUGGUGGAUGCUGGGAUCCAGGAGGAAGUGGAAGCGGCCGCAGCAAUUCAUUUUGAGGCUGCCAGGCAACCAACUGUGCGGGUAUCUCGGCUCCCUGAUAACACUGGAGCACACAGGGCACAUAAAGUGGGGGCCAAAAGGGUCCACCCCAAGGACGAGGAUCAGGGACUCGAAAACGAACCACCGAAAAUAAAUUCGGCUCGGAGGGGAAGAAAGGCCAGUGGGGCAGGGUCAGUGGCUCCCCGCCUCAAACUGAAGAGCUCAGCUCGAGUGGGGACAAAGGCUGCUGGUCACUACGUUGGGUUGUCGGCAGCCCGCAAUAAGCUGCGUAACAGCGUGGGCCCAGAUACCGAGCAGGAAGAUGAGUACAUGGACGACGGCGACUGCUGGAGUGAGAGUCGAGCAUCCUCAGACUCGGAGGACACCAGGCCAACCCCCGGUACAGAAGUCUCCUUGGAGGCCAAGGAGACCUUGGUCCUGGAAUUCACGGAGGGGCAAAUAAUUGAGGAAGUCUGCUCAGAGGCGAAAAACGUGUUAGAGGAGGCCCGCAAGUCCGGGAACCUAAAUGGCCAGGUCCACGGCAGAAUCAAUGCCUCGUGUCGUCGCAUCAUACAGGCGAUGCAGGAACUACAGUCCCGCGAGGAGGGGGAGGAGCUGCGUAUCCUCAAAGCGGACAAUAAGAGGAUGAAACAGCAGCUUGCGCAACUCCAAACGGAGACGAAGGCGCUUAGAAAAGCUUACUCUGAACGGAACAAAAAAGCCAAGGCGGUGGCACCAGCGUCGGCACUAGAGGCACAUCAAUUGCCAGAGAUAGUCGCGGCAGUGUUCGACGAAUUUAAGGAGGACUUGAAAAAAGAACUCUUUACCUCCCUGGGAAAUAUGAUAAAUGUGCGAAUAGGAGAAGUGAGAGCACUUCUUCCCCCGGCGCCGACACUCCGCCCGCCUCUAGCGGCGGACCGCAAAAGGGCAGCUGCGGCCGCCACCACGACGGCCCCUCCUACGGCUCGCCCGAAUAAUCUGCCGGAUGAUCCUUGGACUCCAUUACCUGUUCAUGCUCCGGUCCCUGCUCCCGUCGCGAAGCCCAGGAUAAUGGCAGAAAAAGCUCUAGCGUCAACAGGGUCAACGCUAAUGCCUCCUGCGAGAGCCGCACCUGGCCCAAAAGUGCCGCGGAGAAAACAGGUGACCACCGAGCAGGUACUCCAGGGGGCUCCUCCUCCUCCCCAGAAUACUGAGGCAUGGACAGAAGUUAAGAGGAGGGCAAAGAAACACCCUCGAUCGAAGAAGGCUAAGGCGACAAAGCCACCAAUCCCGGCACCGCGAAAGAAGUUGCCGGUACCGAGGUCCGCUGCUAUUGUAGUGGCACUGAAGCCGGGGGUGGAGGCAUCGUACGCCUCUGUGAUGGCCAAGGCAACCACGUCACUCAAGCUGGCGGAGGUCGGGCUUGAGCACGUGACGAUGCGGAAGACGGCAGACGGCGCCCGCAUCAUCGAAAUCCCUGGGGCUGACAAUGCUAGGGCGGCCGACGAUCUCCGCGACAAAAUCGAGGGACUGGUCGGAGAUGUAGCGAGGGUAUACAGACCGGUUAAAAUGGCAAGAGUACAGGUAGCCGGUCUGGAUGAGACAGCUACCCCGGACUUGGUGGCUGCCGCGGUAAUGGCAAAAGGAGGAUGCCCCAAGGAGCAGGUCAAAGUGGGAAACAUACGGAUGGUACGCAUUGGGAGCGGGUCAGCCUUAGUGCAAUGUCCGGUUACGGUUGCCAACAUCCUCCUAGCGUCUGGCCGUCUCACGGUGGGGUGGGCAUCUGCCCAGAUUCGAGCAUUGGGUGUGGAGCCUAUGCGUUGUUAUAGGUGUAUGGGCACCGGGCAUACGAGGGCAACCUGCCCCUCGCCAGUGGACAGGAGCGAGCUCUGCCACAGGUGUAGCAAGCCUGGGCAUAAAGUGGCUGAAUGCAGGGCGGAACCGUUCUGUGCAGUGUGCCAUCAUGCUAAGCGCCCACAUAGGCACCACAUGGGAGGAAAGGGAUGCUCCCCGCCUAAAGCCAGAGGCCUCGACACCCCCGCACGGACCCCGGAGGCAUCAGCACCGGCGCCAGCAAAAGGGGAGACACCAAUGGAGGGUAUAAACGCAACGCCUUAA